UGGAGUUGGGGGGGUUUUGGGGCGGCGGUUGGGCUCAGGGAGUCGUCGUAAUUACAGUUGUUGUUGUUGUGGCUGUUUUUGAGCUGAAAUGAGUUGGGAGCUCUGAGCUCUGGGGUUGGAGCCGAACUUCCUCCCGACUUUGCGCGGACGUGAACCAAGUUGUGAACACAGUCAUGGAGGAAACUGUUAUCUGGGAACAGCAUACGGUCACUCUUCACAGGGCUCCUGGAUUUGGGUUUGGGAUUGCAAUAUCCGGAGGAAAGGAUAACCCACAUUUUCAGAGUGGCGAAACUUCCAUUGUAAUUUCAGAUGUUUUGAAAGGAGGUCCCGCAGAAGGACUGUUGCAGGAGAAUGACCGUGUUGUCAUGGUUAAUGCGGUUUCCAUGGAUAAUGUGGAGCAUGCUUUUGCAGUCCAACAGUUGCGCAAAAGUGGAAAGAAUGCAAAGAUUACAAUAAGGAGGAAACGGAAGGUUCAGAUGCCGGUAAUGAGGCCGGAGCCUGAUCGUCGACCGAUAUCCGAGCCUGAAGAUGACAGCUAUGAGGAUGAAGAGGAGCUUUAUGAUCGUAAAAGUGGCCGGAGUGGGCCCAGUCCUUAUAGUGGGAGAAGAAGUGAAAGGAGCAUUGGCAGGAGAGCAGACAGCAGGGAGCGAAGCUUAUCGCCGAGAUCAGACCGGCGAUCGGUCACCUCAAAUCUACCACCAAAACCCAUUAAAGUUACAUUGGUAAAGUCGAGAAAGAAUGAAGAGUAUGGCCUGCGAUUGGCGAGCCACAUCUUUGUUAAGGAAAUCUCGCCAGAAGGAUUGGCAGCAAAGGAUGGCAACAUUCAUGAGGGUGAUGUAGUGUUGAAGAUCAAUGGCACCGUUACAGAAAACAUGUCCUUGGGAGAUGCAAAGAAACUAAUCGAAAGAUCAAAAGGAAAGUUAAAGAUGGUGGUGCAAAGGGAUGAGAAGGCAACUCUUCUGAACGUGCCUGAUUUAGAUGACAGCAUUCCUUCUGCAAAUGCUUCUGAGAGAGACGAUAUUUCAGAAAUCCACUCACUGGCAUCUGAUCAUUCCAACCGUUCGAAUGAGAGACCCCGGCAUCGGUCCCGCUCUCCUGACAAGCGAUCUGACUGGUCUGACCAUUCUCCUCAGCCAAUAAGCAAUGGCAGCCAAAGGCCCCAUGAAGACGACAUUACUGUCCAAGGAACCAAGCCAGGAGCUAUGUCAACACCAGUGAAAAGUACGGAAGAGGCUUUUGUGGCUAAAGUUGCAGAAGAACGAGUCGAGAAACAAGCCCCACCAUUGCCAGAGCCGAAGCCAGUGUACGCUCAACCUGGCCAACCCGAUGUGGAUCUGCCUGUUAGUCCCUCCGAUGCACCAGUUCCAAAUGCAUCACACGAUGAUGGCAUGUUGAGACCAACAAUGAAGCUUGUGAAGUUUCGAAAGGGUGAAAGUGUUGGUCUCCGGCUGGCAGGUGGCAAUGAUGUGGGAAUAUUUGUUGCUGGAGUGCUUGAAGAUAGUCCUGCAGCAAAAGAAGGUCUGGAAGAAGGAGAUCAGAUCCUAAGGGUAAACAGUGUAGACUUUGCUAAUAUCAUACGAGAAGAGGCAGUCCUGUUUCUGCUGGAUCUUCCUAAAGGAGAAGAGGUUACUAUCUUGGCACAGCAGAAAAAAGAUGUCUACCGGCGUAUUGUGGAGUCCGACGUUGGAGAUUCUUUCUACAUCAGGACCCACUUUGACUAUGAAAAAGAAUCUCCUUAUGGCUUAAGCUUCAAUAGAGGAGAAGUAUUCCGUGUAGUGGACACACUGUAUAAUGGGAAACUUGGCUCCUGGCUAGCCAUACGAAUUGGCAAAAACCAUAAGGAGGUAGAGAGAGGCAUCAUUCCGAAUCGAAACAGAGCAGAGCAGCUGUCCAGCGUGCAGUACACUCUUCCCAAAACAGCCGGUGGUGACCGUGCAGAUUUCUGGCGUUUCCGUGGGCUCCGUAGCUCGAAGAGGAAUCUCCGCAAAAGCCGAGAAGAUCUUUCAGCUCAACCGGUUCAUACCAAAUUUCCAGCUUAUGAAAGAGUUGUUCUCCGUGAAGCUGGAUUCCUCAGGCCGGUUGUCAUCUUUGGCCCAAUCGCAGAUGUUGCUCGAGAAAAGCUGGCACGAGAGGAGCCAGACCAGUAUGAAGUUGCAAGGAGUGAGCCCAGGGAUGCAGGCACGGAUCAGCGCAGUUCUGGUAUUAUUAGGCUGCACACAAUCAAGCAGGUCAUCGACAGAGAUAAGCAUGCAGUGUUGGAUAUUACUCCAAAUGCCGUGGACCGUUUGAAUUAUGCCCAGUGGUAUCCAAUCGUAGUUUUCCUAAAUCCUGAUACCAAGCAAGGGGUUAAAACCAUGAGACAAAGACUUUGUCCUGAGUCCCGAAAGAGUGCCAGAAAGCUGUUUGAGCGUGCUAUGAAAUUGCGGAAGAAUAAUCACCACCUCUUCACUUCUACUAUUAAUUUGAAUUCGAUGAAUGAAGGCUGGUAUGGAGGGCUGAAGGAGUCUGUUCAGCAGCAGCAGAACCAGUUAGUUUGGGUCUCGGAGGGCAAGGCUGAUGGCACGGCAGAGGAUGACCUUGACCUCCACGAUGAUCGCUUGUCAUACCUUUCGGCUCCAGGAAGUGAAUACUCCAUGUACAGCACAGAUAGUCGGCACACUUCAGACUAUGAUGAUACAGAUACAGAAGGUGGCGCCUACACUGAUCAAGAACUGGAUGAGACUCUCAAUGAUGACAUUGGUCCAACAGAGUCUGCCAUAACCAGGUCCUCGGAACCUGUGCUCGAAGAUUCAUCAUUGAUACAUCCAGAGCCCCUACCCCAAACUUACCCUACUUAUCCUGUACAACCCGCAAGAAUAGAUUCUCCCAUCUACAAGCCUCCAGUGAAUCAGCCGACAGCAGAUAUCCUUCCUGCCAUCCCCACUUCUCCUGAAUCCAAUCCUGUGGUUGCCGUGCCCUCUACAGUUAAUUCCAGAGUAGAUCUAACCAAUGUCAGACUGGAAGAGAUUGCCCCUCCUUCCCACAACAUUUCUGAACCCCAGCCUGAUCCCUACAGCAACCAACCCAGCCCUGAACCUCGUCGUGUAAUUCAUUCUGUUAGUCCUGAGAGGCUGAGAGACACAGAACCAGCAGCAGCUCACCAUGCAGAACCAUCAAAGAUGUACAAAAAGGAUUCAUAUAAUGAUGAGGUUGCAAGGCAGAAUUAUGACCUUAAGCAACCAGUAGGCAAUCUUGCUUCGAGACUUGAUAACGAACGCCAAAGUUAUGAGCGCCAACAGCACCGGGAUUAUGAACGGCAGCAACAUUUUGAGGAACAGCCGCUGUAUAGAUAUGAAUCUGCGGCAAAGUAUGAAGAGCAGCCACCCCAGAGGUAUGGGGCAGGAUCACAAUAUGAAGAAACCCCACCUCCCUAUAAUGACAAGUGGAUACAGUACAAUGAGAAGCCUCCUCAUACCUACCAUCAUGAGCAUCCUCCUCGCGACCAUGAGCCAAAGUAUUUAGAUGAUUACCCAGAUCACAGCUAUCAGCCACGUUACGAAGAGACAUCACAUACAGGCUAUGAGAACCGAGCACCGCGCUUUGAUAAACCACUUCAAGAUUACAAGCUCACACAGCCACAUUACAGCGAUCAGGCACUGCAUGGCUAUGACCCUCGACCACACUAUGAAUAUGAGGCACAAGCUUUUCAUCCACCGACGUCCAGGUCUCCAGAAUCCCAUUACUAUGAUUCCCAAGGGAGGACCUACGACCAAGGCCCACCUCAGGGGCACAAUUCCCUACCUAGACAUUACGAGCAGUCCUUUAGUACAGAAGCUUCCUUUCCUUUGCCACCUCCCCCUCAAGCUAAACCUGUUGAGCCUUUUCAUCCUGUUAGUAAAGUCCUGCCACCACCUCCACCUGUACACAUGCACAUGGAGCUAGAGGAGGGGGAGGAGGAGGAGGAGGAGGAGGACCCAGCAAUGAAACCGCAGUCGGUGCUUACCAGAGUCAAACUGUUUGAAAGCAAGAAAUCCACUUUGUCAAAGAACAAGGAGCCCACUGAAGGGUCGUCGAUGCGGCCUCCUGAUGUAGCACCUAAGCCUGUGUUAGUUCCAGUUACUGCCUCCAAACCAGCCAUUCAGCCAUUACUGGAACAGGAGAAGCCUCCACAUUUAUACAAGGGCCCGGAGCCUCAGAAGCCUCAGGUGAAGCUUCCACAAGAAAUGCCACGAGUGAAUCACUAUGACCCAGAUGAGGAUGAAGAAGAUUAUCGAAAGCAGCUCUCAUACUUUGGCCGCAGAAGCUAUGAUAACAAGCCGCCUGCCGCAAGCUUCCCUGAACCUGCCAAACCAGCACAGCCCAAUUACACUGGGUAUGUGCCCAGGAGUACACCUGCAGAGUUCGAUCAUGUUAAACCCACCAUUGUGGAUAAGCGUUAUGACCCUUCUCCCCAGCUGUCUGCCCCUCAGUCACGCUACGGACCGCCUUCUCAGCCCAGUUUAAACCUGCCUGUGCCUCCACUAGUCCACCCCAAGCCAAGCCCACUAGAAGUGAGCUCAGUGCCACGGGAGCUGCCUAGUGCCUCACAUCCAAAGUCAGAACCCCCUCCUCAAAGCAAACCCCAGGCUUUCCGGCCCAACACUCGUGACGAAAUUGUUCAUCCAAACUUUUACCCCCAGAAAUCAUUCCCUGUGCCUGAGCGGGCUCCUGUGAAUGGAAUGGAACAGUCUCACAAACAGCCUGCCGUCUACAACCGCUUCGCCCCCAAACCCUACACCAGCGCAGCUCGACCCUUUGAGCGAAAGUUUGAAAGCCCUAAAUUUAACCACAACCUCCUGCCAACGGAAGGCCAGCCCCCUACACCACACAGUCCCUCGCAGCCUCCAGACUUUGACAGUGGAACAGACACUUUCCCCAGGCAAACUGACCAUAGAGCCAAAUAUCUAGCCAAUAACAUCAACGCUAUACCUAAAGCUAUUCCUGUCAGUCCCAGUGCUUUGGAAGAUGACGAGGAUGACGACAGUCACACUGUGGUGGCCACAGCACGCGGAAUCUUCGACAGCAAUGGCGGCGUGUUGAGCUCUGUUGAGACUGGAGUGAGUAUCAUCAUUCCCAAGGGAGCCAUUCCUGAAGGGGUUGAACAGGAAAUCUACUUUAAGGUCUGCAGAGACAACAGUAUCCUCCCUCCGCUGGACAAGGAGAAAGGUGAAACCCUGUUGAGCCCACUGGUGAUGUGUGGACCCCACGGCCUGAAGUUCCUGAAGCCGGUGGAGCUACGUUUGCCUCACUGUGCGUCCAUGACUCCAGAUGGUUGGUCUUUUGCUCUAAAAUCCUCUGACUCCUCGUCGGGUGAUCCUAAGAGCUGGCAGAACAAAUCUCUUCCCAGUGAUUCCAAUUAUCACGUGGGAGCAAACUGCGUCUCCGUCCUGAUUGAUCACUUUUAGAGGUGUAAACGGACACCUCUUCAGGGACCGGAGCGCAUGCUAAGCAAUAACUGCUUUCAAACAAUCACAACUGAAAUUGUGGGAAAUCCUUAAAUUGGAAUUGCUCACAUUCCUCGUGUGAACGCUGUAUUCUAAAUGCUGUGAGAUGAAGUGCAGAUGAGCUUGCAAUGUUGUGGCAAAUCCGACAUGUAAAGUUUUUCCCCAAUUUCCAUGUUAACCAGCAGGGAUGCCUUACCCUUCAUGUUCUUACCUAUCAUUUAAAAUACUAAAUAGACGUUUCUAUAUUCCAUAAACAUUUUCAGCUGUUAUGUUUAUUUAGGUAAUGUCAUUGUAGAAUACACGUGAACGUUACUUCCUUGUGUGCCCUUUAGCUAUGAAAGAAUAUUUUUGGGGGGUUUGAGUGAAGUGCACAAGUGGGAACAACUUUCUAAAGAGUGUCAAUGGUUGUUUUCAGCAGUGCUUUUAAGAUCAUGACACAAACUGCCCUUUCACUGUACAUAGCACAGGUAGCACCUUGGUUUCCUGGUUUGUAAAUUAACUUUUGUAUGUCUCUUUUGUAUAAAACAAGACAAAAUACCUUUCUAAAGAUUAUCUUUAUAUUCCGUCACCCUUGAGCCUUGAACCAAGUGUAAAAUUUGAAGCAAUAAAUCCAAGUCCAAGUUUAAAAUCGUUACUUUACAGCUUUGUAUUAACUCUGCUAUUCUUAUUGAAGCUUUUUGUCAACAUAUGAAACGUUACCAACAUUUUGAAAUCCUUUGAUGGGUGGGAUCUUUGUGAUGUCUCUGGUUAACCUGACACAGAUGCUGUACUAUGUGCCCUAAAGUGUAUUUUUGUACUAAUAGACAAUUUAUUAUGGCACAGGAGUACUACAGAUUUAACGCACUGCUUUCUGUUAAUCAGUUAAUAGCUAUUCACUGUGUGGCUGACUUUCUCUGCAGUUACUUUUAAACUACACAUUUCUAAAUAUACCACUGUAUUAUUGAAUAAAAACAUUUUUAAGAUAUAGGGUUGUGAUCUUUUGAAACCAUUUCAGUUUAUUACAAAAUGUGCUAUCCUUGGCAGAGCUUUAUGUAAACUGAAAAAAAAUUGUAUUUAUCCGACGGUAGAAUCAGUACUUUUUAUCAAGCAAGUUGGCAAUUUGCUCCAUUGUAUCUGUGCCAUCGUUACCAGUUUUUUUCUAAGGCACCCUUCAUUAUUAACCUUUUCCAUCUCUUUCUUCAUAUUGAGCAUUAACACUGAGGCAGCACAGAUAUUACAAGUUACAUAGUUUACGCUGUGUGUGCAUUGUACAAGAAAUUGCAUUCAAUAUCCACAGUCUAUUGGCAACGAAGACAUUUCAUUAAAUGUAAAUCCUACAGGGUUUAAAAGGAGGGAAUAAAGCAGCAAAUUUGACUAAUGGAUCA